AUGCAAAGAAAUCCAAACCACAAAUAUAUUUAUCUUGCAUUAUCAGCCACGUUCCUACUCGCGUCUACCUGGACACUGUUCGAUGCAAUCACGUUUCACCCUACUGACGCACAAUGUGUCCAACGGAUGUUUUCCUGGUCCCCAGCGACAGAUAUAAUCGAGUAUAAAUGGACACUAUUCCCAAAGUUCGGCUUCCUGGCCCAUUCUACGUGGUUUGACGCGCCAGUGCCCGAGCGACAGGCCGCCUGGGACGAGUUUCUACCGAUCAAGGCGGACAACGUCCUGGGUCUUCCGGAAGUCUUUGUGCAGUUGGAAUGUCUCAAUCUCCUACGACUCCAUGCGCAAACCGACGAGACGGAUAGUAGUCACUUAUCUUCAUUUCACGGAACGCAAAAGGAUGUUUAUCAUAGAGUGGAGCAGUGUUUUGAUCGAUUGAGGACGUCCUUGCUCUGCUGGUCGGAUAUUGUUCCUGUACUGCAAGAGUUUGAAGACGAUAGACUGCACACUCACGUUGUCAAGUAUGAUUUUGCGACGAAACACAAGUGUCGCAAUUUUGAGGAUAUCCGGGACUGGACAUUGAGGAAUGGGGUAAAGGGAGUCGAGAUGGAUAAUGCGUGGUGGGGUGGAUUCGAUUGA